ACUUUUUUUCGUUUUGGUUGCAAAUUUUCGUUAUAACAGCCAAAAAAUAUGUUUCUAAAACAAAUUCAUUAAACGCAUCCCACAAAUUUAACUUUACAAAUUGUAAAUAUCGCUCUCAACGUUCAAGGCCUGACAAAAACUACCUGCAAAUAUGAAUGUGCGGAGCAUUAACCUUCUGAAGCACUCUUGGCGCACAUUCCCACGCCGCUUCGCCACAAAGGUGACGACGGUUGGUGGCGAUGAGAUUGGCAGCGGCACCGGUAUUGGAAAAAUCACCGGUCGCGUACGUAACACCGAUGGCCCACACCGAGUAAACACGCCCUCGAAAGAAGUGGUUACUCAACUGCCGCCUCUGACAGAGCCAUUGCCUGACUUACCAGAAGCGAUAUAUGCAAAGCCUAUGGCUGAGAGCGCUGCUACCAAAGUUACCACUCUCAUUAAUGGCCUGCGUAUUGCGUCUGAGCCGCGCUAUGGUCAGUUCUGCACCGUAGGUCUAGUGCUGGACUCAGGACCACGCUAUGAGGUAGCCUAUCCUAGUGGCGUUUCGCAUUUCCUCGAGAAGCUCGCGUUUAAUUCCACGGUGAACUUUCCAAACAAAGAUGCCAUACUAAAAGAGUUGGAGAAGAACGGUGGUAUUUGUGAUUGUCAAAGUUCACGUGAUACGUUAAUAUAUGCUGCCAGUAUUGACAGUCGUGCCAUUGACUCGGUAACACGUCUAUUAGCGGAUGUUACGUUGCGACCCACGCUUAGUGAGCAGGAGGUGAAUUUGGCCAGGCGGGCAGUAAGUUUUGAACUGGAAACGUUGGGAAUGCGGCCAGAGCAGGAACCAAUACUCAUGGACAUGAUACACGCGGCUGCCUACAGCGAUAACACACUGGGUUUGCCGAAGCUCUGCCCGCAGCAAAAUUUGGACGACAUCGAUCGUAAUGUACUUCUAAAUUAUUUGAAAUAUCAUCACACGCCUGAGCGCAUGGUCAUCGCUGGCGUUGGUGUUGAUCAUGAUGAAUUGGUACAUUAUGUGAGAAAGUAUUUUGUGGAGGAUCCAGCGAUUUGGGAUAAUGAAACAAUGCAAGAAGGUGGACCUAAGCUUGUGGACACGUCGGUGGCGCAGUAUACAGGUGGUUGCGUUAAAGAAGAAUGCGAAAUUCCAAUCUAUGCUGCAGCUGGCCUCCCAGAGUUGGCACACGUAGUUCUCGGCUUUGAAGGCUGCUCCCAUCAAGAUUCGGACUUCGUGCCAUUAUGCGUACUAAACAUUAUGAUGGGUGGCGGUGGUUCCUUUUCGGCCGGCGGACCAGGCAAAGGAAUGUACUCUCGUCUUUAUACGAAAGUACUGAAUCGCUAUCACUGGAUGUACAGCGCAACAGCUUAUAAUCACGCCUAUGCAGACACUGGUCUGUUUUGCAUACAUGGAAGUGCGCCGCCGCAGCAUGUGCGGGACAUGGUGGAGGUGCUAACGCGUGAGCUAGUCAAUAUGGCCAGUGAGCCUGGACGGGAGGAAUUAAUGCGCUCGAAAAUACAGUUGCAAUCGAUGUUGCUUAUGAAUUUGGAAUCGCGACCGGUUGUAUUCGAAGAUGUUGGCCGGCAAGUGCUAGUCACUGGCAAACGCAAGCGACCAGAACAUUUCAUCAACGAGAUUGAAAAAGUCUCUGCUUCGGACAUCCAACGGGUGGCCCAGCGAAUUCUCAGUUCGCCCCCUUCCGUCGCCGCUCGAGGUAACAUCAGAACCCUUCCCGACAUGAACCAAAUAUCAAGUUUACUAAAUGUUGCGGGACGCACGCUGAGCCAGAGACUGUCGCUUUUCAAAUAACCUCACAAAUGCGAACGUAUAAGCAACGAAGAGCAUUUCACAUUGUUCAAUUUGUAUUGCAUUUUUAUUACCAUGGGUACAUACACCAGCCAGGUGUUUGUUUAAAUUAGAAAUUAUGCCAAAAUCUAA